AUGUCGGGGCAGACGCUGACGGACCGCAUUGCCGCGGCGCAAUACAGCUUAACGGGAUCGGAGGUUGCUCGAGCUGUCUGCAAAGCCACCACUCAUGAGCAGACAGCACCCAAGAAAAAACACCUGGAAUACCUGAUUGAGGCCACCAAGGAGUCUAAUGUGAACAUCCCACAGAUGGCGGACACGUUGUUUGAGAGGGCCACCAAUGCCAGCUGGGUGGUGGUGUUCAAGGCCCUGAUCACUACGCAUCACAUGAUGGUCGCUGGCAAUGAGAGGUUCCUCCAGUUCCUUGCCUCCAGGAACACCCUCUUCAACCUCAGUAACUUUCUGGACAAAACUGGCUCCCAUGGCUACGACAUGUCCACGUUUAUCAGACGCUACAGCCGGUACCUCAACGAGAAGGCGUUCGCCUACAGACAGAUGUCCUUCGACUUUGGCAGAGUGAAGAAGGGAGCUGAGGGGGUGAUGAGGACAAUGCCCGUAGAGAAGCUGUUGAAAGGAAUGCCCACUCUGCAGAGCCAGAUAGACGCCCUGCUGGAGUUUGAUGUCCAUCCCAAUGAACUGACCAAUGGGGUGAUCAACGCUUGCUUCCUCCUGAUGUUCAAAGACCUGAUCAAGUUAUAUGCCUGCUACAACGACGGGAUCAUCAAUGUAUUAGAGAAAUUUUUCCAGAUGAAGAGAGGACAGUGCAAAGACGGGCUGGAGAUCUACAAGAGAUUCUUGACACGGAUGACCAGGGUCUCUGAGGUCUUCAAAAUCGCUGAGACCAUAGGAAUUGACAAAAAUGAUAUCCCCGAGCUCACUCAGGCCCCUGAGAGUCUCCUGCAGUCCCUGGAGACUCACCUGAACACUCUGGAGGGAAAGAAGCCGUCACCAACCAAGGAGUGUGAAGUAAAUGGCUCCCCGGCCGCAGCCGCCACGCCUACAAAAGCUCAAGCGGCCCCUGCAGCUGCUGCUGCUCCAGUUGCUCCUGCCCGCCCUGGACCACCUGCCAGACCCACGGCGGCACCCACCAUCAAGAGCUCCAACAAUGCUCUGCUAGACUUGGAUCCAUUGUCAGCCUCCCCGUCAGCAGGUGGAGCAACAGCCUCUAUCUCGUCAUGGGGAGCCGCUGUUGCUGCUGAUGCUGCAGCCGGUCCAGCUUCCACGCCCACGGUGGCCCAUACGGAUGGCCCCGCCGCGCCCUCUGUGGCCCCCGUGGUGGUGCUGCCCGUGCCCGCCACUACCGCUUCAGACUUGGAUCUGUUCGGAGACGCGUUUGCACCCUCCCCAGGUGACGGCCCGCCCAGCAGGGCGCCUGCUGCUGAUGCAUGUGCCGGAUCUGACCCCUUCGCUCCAUCGGAGGGGAGUGCGAACUUGGCUCCAGAGAUGGACCUCUUUGCUAUGAAGUUCGAUAACACACUGGCUGCCCCAGAAGCAGCCAGCCCCACCUCUAGCGCAGUGCCGAUCAUUGUCGCCCCCAUCGAGCCCCCUGCUGCCGCCCCCGCUCCCUCCUCUACCACCACUGAGUCUGCAGCUGCCCCUGCCGUCCCCACUCUAGACCUCUUUGGUGGACUGAUGUCUCCUAGCCUGGCUCCCACGGCAGCCCCUGCUCCUUUGGCCCCCGCUUUGGCCCCGGCCCUCGCCCCUACCCUGGCUCCUGUCUCAGCCCAGAAUGACUUGCUGGAGGGUGGCUUCGACAUCCUCGGCUCCCUACCCCCACUAAUGCCCGCCACACCAGCAGCUGCAGACACAGUGCCGGCCGCAGCAGCACCCUCUGGUGGCUUUGAUGCAUCAGUGUUUGGUGGAUUAGGGGACCUACUGAUGCCAGCCUUAACACCCCAGUCCACUGGGGGCAGUGUGGGCAGCACUGGCAGUGGUGGGGUCAGUACCAAGGUGACACCCGCGGUCGGGGGUGGCAUGACAGGCGCCACAUCUAUUAAACGGCCAUCCAUCGGGGGCGACUUGGACUCCUCCCUGGCAAACCUGGUUGGAGAUCUGGGGAUUCAGAAAAAGGACCAUCAGUGGAAUGAGAAGAAGCUGACAGGAGGAUCUAACUGGACCCCCCAGGUAGCCCCUCCCAGCUGGGGCGCUCCUGGACCUAUGAUGGGUGGCCCCGCCCCUGGAGCCCCCGGUGCCCCUGGAGUCAUCCCUCCGCCCAUGGGAGCACAUCCUGCCUUUGGCAUGGCCUCAGCAGCUGGAUCUGGAGUUCCCAUGAUGCCUUCCAUGAUGAUGGGACAACCAAUGAUGGGUCAACCCAUGAGACCACCCCUGCCAGGAGCUGCAGCACCAGGGGCACCGCUGUCUCCAGGACCUGCUGCCACCCAGAGCAAAAAGCCCAAGGACCCACUGGCAGACCUCAACCUCAAGGACUUAAUGUAA